UGCGGUGUGACAUGACUAAGCAUUAAACCUUGGUCUAUACCUAUAACGUUUUUAAAGGCUGAAAACGAUGAAAACGCAAUAUUUUGAAAGUGACUGACUGUAUUAUUUUGAUACAAAACUUCUACUUAAAGAAAAUCAAAUCUCUCUCUAUAUUGCGCUCAGCCCAAGACUCUACUACUAACGUGCGCAUUAAUAUCCGGCCGAAAGACGAUCACUCCGACAAGCAAAAAUUCUCUUUCCAACAGCACAUCUUCUGUUUCCUCUCUGCCUUCUUUCUUGUUAAAAAUAUUUUUGAAUUCUUCGUCUUCUUCAACCUUUUUGGAAAAAUCCCUUCAAUGCCGGCGAAUCACCGGUUUAGCCGCCGGUUACUCUUACUUUUCCUUCUGAGUUUCGAAACGGCGCGGCGUUUGGCUUCCGGUGACUCAAACGACGAGGCGUGUCUGACGAACCUCCGUCAGAGCUUAGAAGAUCCGGCGAAUAACCUCCAUAACUGGACUAAACCAUUCUUCACCAAUCCUUGCUCCGGCUUCAGUUCUCAUCUUCACGGUGUUACUUGCAACAACGGCAGAAUUUACAAACUCUCCUUAACCAAUCUCUCUCUCCGUGGCUCCAUUUCGCCUUUCCUUUCAAACUGCACAAAUCUCCAGUCCCUAGAUCUAUCUUCCAACCAGAUCUCCGGUGAGAUCCCGUCGGAGAUACAGUUCUUAGCCAACCUAGCUGUGCUUAAUCUCUCCUCUAAUCGUCUCUCCGGUCAAAUCUCACCUCAGCUCGCUCUCUGCGCUUAUCUAAACGUCAUCGAUCUCCACGAUAACCGUCUCUCCGGUCAAAUCCCGCAACAAUUGGGGCUUCUCGCGAGAUUAUCGACGUUCGAUGUCUCCAACAACAAAUUGUCCGGUCAGAUUCCGCCGAACCUGGGGAUGCGAAACGGAAACUUGCCGAGAUUCAACUCGAGCUCGUUCGUAGGGAACAAGAAAUUGUUUGGAUAUCCGUUGGAGGAGAUGAAGAGCAAAGGAUUAUCAGUAAUGGCGAUUGUUGGGAUUGGGCUUGGAAGUGGGAUCGCGAGCUUGGUGAUUAGCUUCACAGGGGUCUGUAUUUGGUUGAAGAUCACUGAGCGGAAAAUGGAGGAAGAAGAAGGAAAGAUUAGUCACUCUAUGCCUGAUUACUAACCCACUUUUAUUACACAAUUAAUGGUUUUAUUAGUUAGGUCUUUUCACUUCAACAAACCAAAACGGAAAUAUACAAAAUUAGAGUAUUCAUUAUGCGCAUUUACGGUUACUUUAUGCUCUAAUCAUAUUUAGAUUAUUUGUUUUUGUUCAUCUUUAGGAAUUUCUCCUUAUUUAGUUUACUUCGGCUAAAAGAAAUAUGCUUUGUA